AUGCCGAAGUACUACAGGUUCAGGGCGACCACGCCCACCAGGAAACCACGACGGUGCAGGGACAAGGAGAAAGAGAAGGAAGUACAGAAAAUUAAAUUUGAUGCCGAGAGAAACUGGCUGGAUGUAACGCUGGCAUGCACCCCUGCCCCGUCUUGGUACCUACGGCGUACUUCAUGGCGGGAGUGCCCCCCACUCAUGGGGCUCCCCCGGGAACUGGCAGCAGAACUGAGGGCCUCCGUACAACUCAGCAACCGACCAAUCUUCGUCUUCAAAAUCCCAUCAACAGCGCUCUCUCAGGACAUGAUGCAUGCUAUGUGAAAUGUAUAACUACCGUCAAAAUUGUUCCGUGUUUUUGAAAUGUGUUUUUGUUUUGUUAGCGUAAUAGUUGUCAUUUCGGAUACCGGCCCAUAUUUUUCUUGACCUCUAUGAACGAAGGAAUAACAGUAAUACAGUAUUUAAAUUUAAAGUCUCUGAUUUCUGAAUAAUCUGCACGGUGGUCCAAGAUCUCAGAGCCGCAACUAAGUACAGA